AUGUGUAUAUCGUGUACUCGAAAUGUUAUAUAACUAAUACUAGGUGUAUUUAAAGUUAGGCUUAAUGGAAUAUAACGUAUAAUUAUAGUAAAUGGGAUUUGGUGGAAAUUAAUUAAAAUCAGUUUAAGUGUUUUCAUAAUCUAUUCAUUUACAUUAGGUCAUAUACGAGGUAAACUGUGUGUGUUUAUUAAUAUUAUCAAUUAUCAUGAUAAUAUUUUAAAGGUAGCAACAGGUUACAAGCUCAAGUGUUUUUGAUCAAAGGGGUUUUUCUGCACGAUCAGAUACUUUUAUAAAAUUGUGUGCAAACUGGAAUACUAACAAGUAGUGGUGAAGUUGAUACAAAAGUCAUGGAGUUAGCACACACAAAAAGCUACCAAGAAAUCUUAGACUAUUUUUCAACUGACCUUGAAAGAGGGUUGUCUGAGGAGCAAGUUCAAAAAAAUUUAGAAAAAUUUGGACCUAAUGAAUUACCUGCUGAAGAAGGUAAACCUCUAUGGCAGCUUAUACUGGAACAAUUUGAUGAUCUACUAGUGAAGAUUUUAUUAUUAGCUGCUGUAAUUUCUUUUGUUUUAGCUUUAUUCGAAGAAAAUGAUGGACAAAUCACAGCUUUUGUUGAGCCGUUUGUCAUCCUUCUUAUCCUUAUUGCGAAUGCUGUUGUGGGAGUGUGGCAGGAGAGGAAUGCUGAGAGUGCAAUUGAAGCUCUUAAGGAAUAUGAACCAGAAAUGGGUAAAGUUAUUCGUGAAGACAAGCAGGGCAUCCAGAGGGUCAGGGCGAGAGAAAUUGUUCCUGGUGACCUUGUGGAAGUAUCAGUUGGUGAUAAAGUGCCUGCUGAUAUUCGACUUGUGAAAAUAUAUUCUACCACUCUCCGGGUUGAUCAAUCUAUUCUGACUGGUGAAUCUGUGUCUGUUAUCAAGCAUACAGAUCCUAUACCUGAUACCAGGGCUGUCAACCAAGAUAAGAAAAAUAUCCUGUUUUCUGGUACAAACAUUGCAUCUGGUAAAGCUCAAGGUGUGGUAAUUGGAACUGGACUUGAUACUGCUAUUGGUAAAAUUCGUACAGAGAUGUCAGAAACAGAAGAUGUAAAAACACCACUGCAGCAGAAACUGGAUGAAUUUGGUGAACAGCUGUCUAAGGUGAUCUCUGUCAUCUGUGUUGCAGUGUGGGCUAUCAAUAUUGGUCAUUUUAAUGAUCCAGCCCAUGGAGGGUCCUGGAUUAAAGUAACAUUCACACUUGUGUUAACAGAAAAGCUGUUCACAAGAUCUGUACUCAACUGUUUUCUAUUUUUGAGGCUCAAUAACGUCCCCGCUGUGAUAACCACAUGCUUGGCUUUAGGAACUAGACGAAUGGCAAAAAAAAAUGCCAUAGUGAGGUCACUGCCAUCUGUAGAAACCCUUGGGUGUACAUCUGUCAUCUGUUCUGACAAGACAGGUACUUUGACAACCAAUCAGAUGUCUGUCAGUCGGCUCUUUGUUGUGGAAAAGGCCGAUGAAAACAGUGUUGCUCUUAGUGAGUUUGAAAUCACUGGCUCUACUUACGAACCUAUUGGAGAAAUAUUCAAGGAUGGAAACAAAGUCCGACCCAGUGAUUUUGAAGCACUGUAUGAAGUUGCAACAUGCUGUGUUAUGUGCAAUGAUUCCAGUGUUGAUUUCAAUGAAGUAA